AUCCGUAUUUAAAGGCGCCAACCAAGGACCUGUUUAGGAGCAGCUUCACAAAUCUGCCAUCUUUUACGUGUAGCUUCAGACACACAUCAUCCAGCAGUCCAUUACAUUGUUUACCCUAACAAAAUGCCAGAGGAAACGGCAGCUGCUUCAACCACCGAAAGCAUGGAGGAAAAACCGUGCUCAUCAAGUGCCGCUGCAGACAGCUCCGUUGACGUAACUGAGGAAGCAAAGAAGCUGAUUGGUACAGGCAACCGGCACUUGGUGAUGGGUGAUGUUGUGUCUGCAGUCAGUGUGUUCCAGGAGGCCUGUGCCAUGCUAGCUGAGAAGUAUGGAGACACUGCUGAUGAAUGUGGAGAAGCUUUUUUCUUAUGUGGGAAGGCCCUUCUGGAACUUGCCAGGAUGGAGAAUACAGUGCUUGGCAAUGCUUUAGAGGGAGUCCCAGAGGAAUCCUCUGAAGAGGGAGACAAACAAAAUGAUUCCAAGAUUGAGAGUGCAGACAACCUGGAUGAGAAAACCAGAGAUGAGCUUCGGGCUCAGGUUUAUGAUGCCAUGUCGGAAGACAAAAAAGGUGAAGAGGUGGAAGGAAGUGAACAGAAUCCGGAGGAGGUUGAGGUGAAAAAGCAAGAGGAAGAUGAGGUUGAGGUGAAAAAGCAAGAGAAAGAGGAGGGUGAGCAGAAAGAGGAAGAGGACGAUGAGCCAAAAAAACAGCAUGUCAAGGAUCAGAAGGAAGGUGAGAAGCCAGUAGAUGAUGAACAGAAGAAACCAACAGAAGAUAAACAAAAGGAAGAUGAACCGAAGCAGGACGAAGAGGUGAGUGAUAAGACACAGAAGAAAGAUGAUGCAGCUGAGCAAAAUCCUGCUGAAAGUCAAGCAGAGAAGUCAAAUGGUGUAAAUGAAGCUUCGGAGAAGAAAGAUGCUGCUGGGUCAAGCGAAGUUACUGAAAAGACUGAAAAAGAGGAUGAGACCACUGAGAAUCCAGACGGGAAUGAUGAACCUAUGGAGGAAGCCGGUGGAGAUGAUGAGGAUGACGAUGAUGAUGAUGAGGAAGAGGGGGAUGAUGCAAAUGAUAAGGAAAGUGAGGAGGAUGAAGUUGGAAACUUGCAGUUGGCUUGGGAGAUGUUGGAGGUUGCGAAGGUCAUUUAUAAAAGAAAAGAAAGCAAAGAAGAUCAGCUAAUGGCAGCACAGAUCUACUUGAAACUUGGAGAAGUUGGUGCUGAAUCUGGUAACUACAGCCAGUCUCUGGAGGAUUUUCAUGAAUGCUUAGCCCUGCAGUUAAAACACCUUCCCUCUCAUAGCCGUCUUUUGGCUGAGACUCACUACCAGUUGGGCACAACUUACAACUACACAACCCAGUACAGCAAAGCCAUCGAGCACUUCAACAACUCCAUCAAAGUCAUCGAGAGCCGACUUUCUAUUCUUCAGGAGACGAUAGACAAGGCGGAGGGUGCAGAGGCAGCGCAGGAAGAAAAGAAUGAGCUCGAAGAGUUGAAACAGUUACUGCCAGAAAUUAAAGAGAAAAUAGAAGAUGCUAAGGAGUGUCAGAGGACGGCUGCGACAGCCUCUGCAGAAAUACAUCAGACACUUGGAGGAGCAUCCACCUCAUCUGCAUUCCCUGCUGAAAAUGGUGGUCCAUCUUCGUCCGCAGCUAGUCAGAUUGAUGUGAGGCCAGCCGAUGGUGCAUCUUCAUCCAAAUCCGCAUCAGAUAUUUCUCACCUCGUACGCAAGAAGAGGAAACCGGAUGAGGAGAGUCCAAAAAAGGACAGUGAUGCUAAAAAGACUAAACAGGAGACCUCAGUUAAUGGCAGCGACGACUCCGCCCACAACGGCAAUGGAGUCGAGGAGAAAAUGGAACAGGAGCCAACCAAUUCUUCCUCCGUGGAAACCUCAGCAUGAUGGGCUUCUCCUUCCUGGCCACUUGCCUUUCAACCAGCAAAGCAUGCCUGCCUCACUCAUUCUCCAUGAGCAGUGUUUUGUCUUUGUUUUGUAAAUAAAACCGUUUUCUUUGUCUGUCCAAUUUUGUAUAAUUGUAGUUCUCUAUCAAUAAAGGAUUUGCAUAUGUGAA